CGCCACAUUCUGCAUUCGAAUGAGAUUUCCUGGUCUUUAUCAAUACAUUCAUCGUUUUAUGUAUAUUAUAGAAUAGAUUUAUCCCAGUGAGAAUAUUGUUACGAGACUCUGGACCCAGAGGAGGAGAUUUAGACAUCAUCUAUCUGAAGAUCUUGGACAUUUCUGUGCUGCUCUGAACUUGGGAGGCGUUUGGAUGCUCCAGGACGGAGGUGGCAUUAUUGCAGUUUCCCAGAAGCCCUUGAAAAGACAAGCUAUGCCCUUUUGAGAUGACUGACACUGGAACAAACUUCAUAUCUGGACCAGGAAGCUGAUGAAUCAUGGAGAGGCUGGUGUUUUAUGUGCUGGUGUUCGGUGCUCUGGUGAAGGCUCAGCAUUGCCCGGGUCGCUGCAUCUGUCAGACCAUCUCACCCACACUCACGCUCCUCUGUGCCAAGACUGGACUGCUGUUCGUGCCACCGUCCAUCGACCGCAAGACCGUGGAGCUCCGGCUGACCGACAACUUCAUCACGGCCAUCCGCAGGAAAGACUUCAUGAACAUGACGAGUCUGGUGCAUCUCACGCUGUCACGCAACACCAUCAGCCAGAUCGCUCCGCACGCCUUCGUGGGUUUGAAGUCCCUCAGAGCGUUACACAUGGACGGGAACCGGCUGACGGCCAUUGCCAGCGACCAGCUGAAGGGUUUGAUCAACCUGAGGCACCUUAUCCUGGGCAAUAACCAGAUUCACCACGUCGAGCUGACGUCCUUCGACGAGUUCGUGUCCACCAUCGAGGACUUGGAUCUGUCCUACAAUAACCUGAGGACGUUACCGUGGGAGGCGAUCGCCAGGAUGACCACCAUCAACACGUUAACGCUGGACCACAAUCUGAUCGACCACAUCGGCGUCGGGACCUUCACGCUCCUCACAAAGCUGGUACGUCUGGAUAUGACAUCAAACCGUCUUCAGACGCUCCCGCCGGACACGCUGUUCCAACACGCGCAAGUCCUGUCGGAUCCCAAGACGUCCAGCUCCAACAAGCUAGCCGUGAGUUUCGGCGGAAACCCUCUCCACUGUAACUGCGAGUUGCUCUGGUUGCGCCGCCUGACGAGAGAGGACGAUCUAGAGACUUGUGCUUCUCCAGAACACCUGAUGGACAAGUAUUUCUGGUCCAUUCAGGAAGAGGAGUUCAUCUGUGAGCCGCCGCUCAUCACCAAACACCAGGUCACCAAACCCUACGUCAUGGAGGGUCAGGGCGUCACGCUGAAGUGCAAGGCGAUGGGCGACCCCGAUCCCGCUAUACACUGGCGCUUUCCCGAUGGAAAGCUGGUGCAUAACAAUUCCCGCACGAUCCUGUAUGACAACGGCACCCUGGAUAUCCUCAUCACCACGCUUAAAGACAGCGGCGCCUUCAACUGUGUCGCCUCCAACGCCGCAGGAAUCGCCACGGCUGCCGUAGAGGUCAACAUGAUCCCGCUCCCGCUGUUCGUCAACAACACGGGUCACAUGAGGGAGGCGGAUCCGGGACUCUCCGACAUCACCACAUCCACCAAAUCCGGCAGCAACGACACCAAACCGCAGAACAAGAGGGUUGUGGUUGAAAACCUGACCGCCAACUCCGCCGUGAUCCACUGGCCCUCCGAACGCCACAUUCCCGGGAUCCGAAUGUAUCAGAUCCAGUACAACAGCACCAUAGACGACACCCUGGUGUACAGGAUGAUUCCCUCGGCGAGUAAGACGUUUAAGAUCAACGACCUGGCGGCGGGUCGCGAGUACGAGCUGUGUGUGUUAGCGGUGUACGACGACGGCAUCACGUCUCUGACGGCCACGCGUGUGGUGGGGUGUGUUCAGUUCCACACGGCGGCGGAGGCGGGUCACUGUCGCUUCGUCCCCAGUCAGUUCCUCGGCGGGACCAUGAUCAUCAUCAUCGGCGGCAUCAUCGUGGCGUCCGUGCUCGUCUUCAUCAUCAUCCUCAUGAUCCGAUACAAGGCGUACAGCGGCGCCGACGGGGCCAAGGCCAAAGCGCAGGGAGACACGAGUGUGAGCAUGCACUCGCAGACGAACGGGAGCCGACCGGGCCGAUCCGGGGCGAAGCCUCACAGCGAGGAGUGUCCCGAGUCUCCCGGCGGGAAGGACUGCAAGGCGCUGGUUCUCCUGAAGAUGGACGAGGCUCAGGAGGAGCUGAAGGUGGACCUCCCGCCGAUGUGCUCGGAGAAAGCGGCGCCGGCGUCCCGACGGGCCAGUGUGUGCGGGCCGCCCUCCGACGACACACACACGGACAGCAGCCUCACGGGCUCCACCAUGUCCCUGUGUCUGAUCGGGCCCGGAUCCGGCCCAGGCCCGGCCGAACCCCUGCGGAAGGGCCCGCUGUCCAACAUGGGACUCCUCCCCAGCGAGCUGGCCCGGACUCGGCACCGCUUCUCCUUCGACGGAGACUAUGCUCUGUUCCAGAGCCACAGUUACCCGCGCCGGGCUCGAACGCGGCGGCACAAGUCCACCACUCACCUGAACACUGACGCGUCGCCACCCUGCAGCCGGAGGGUCACGUUCAGCAGCACAGAGUGGAUGUUGGAGAGUACGGUGUGACGCACUGAAGAAACAUUAGCGGCACGUGC